AUGUCCUGCCAGCAGAACCAGCAGCAGUGCCAGCCUCCUCCCAAGUGCACCCCCAAGUGCCCUCCCAAGUGUCCCACGCCCAAGUGCCCCCCAAAGUGUCCCCCUAAGUGCCCUCCAGUCUCUUCCUGCUGCAGUGUCAGCUCUGGGGGCUGCUGUGGCUCCAGCUCUGGGGGCUGCUGUGGUUCCAGUUCUGGGGGCUGCUGUGGCUCCAGCUCUGGGGGCUGCUGUAGCUCUGGGGGUGGUGGCUGCUGCCUGAGCCACCACAGACACCACAGGUUUCACCGCCGCCGGCACCAGAGCUCCGACUGCUGCAGCCAGCCCUCGGGGGGCUCCGGCUGCUGUGGAGCGGGGAGCGGUCAGCAGUCUGGAGGCUGCUGCUGA